AUGUUGACUCUCUUUACCCAUGACUGCAUGACCGACUGCGAGCCGGACUCGGUUCUCUUUGAGCAGUAUCAUUGCGACCUCCUCACUGCGGUGACCGACCGAAUGGAAAAGUCGGAUGCCAAAUGCUUUAUGCUCUCGUAUGUCACCGAGACAAAGGACCGCUUCAAGUCUGCGUCAUUCUUUGGUAAAAAGGCCAACGCGACGUGGCUCUUGUGGGACGAUGACAACUGCCAGGUGGAAUGUGACUGCGGGCCCUACUCGACAGACAUGAUGUGCCGCUACUACAUCAACAGCGGGUUCUACUCGACUCCGGGGCGCUUUGUAUGGAGAGAGGGUCCCACCAUCGAGGAUACUGUGGAGAUGGAGGAUCCCACCGAUGAACUCAUGGCCUUUGAUCCCGUUGGCCACUACCACAAGAUUUACGUCCUGGAGUUGGACAAGAUUCUCAAGUCUACCAACCUGGCAGAGUUGAUCGAGACCCGCGAUUGCAAACGCGCCUUUGCCGUCGCCACUGCGUCGAUUCGCCUGGAGAGUUACUAUGGCUGCGGCGCUGCCAACGUCUUUAAGCGCGUGCCCGAGAAGGAGAUUUCCAUGUCACGCACGACGUGCAGGGCGCUCACGCUCUGGCUCGUGUUGCAAGCACUAGAGACAAUCGUGACCCGCGACACUACGAGGAAUCUGUUGGAUUUCUACGACAAGCACUUUGAAAGUGACGACGGCGCGACCUCCAACGGGCGCCACCUGUGGGGGACUAUCACCGAUAACAUCGUCCGAGAGUGCCUGGAGAGGAUUCUCAAGGCGGGCGGUGCAGAGUACGCCGUGCGCAUCAACUUUCUGCCCGAAAAAAUGUGGAAUGUGAACAACCGUCGUGGCGACGCCUCCAUCGGCUUCCUGGUCGAGGACAUUGUCGCCAACAUUGCGGGGUUGCCCGUCAAGUGCAGCGUGACUGUCGACUUUGGCGGACAGGAGAAGGAGACGCUCGAACUGGACAUCAAAGACGUCGUCGCACAGCACGCUUUUAAGGUCUUGCGCGUCUUUUCGAUGGAGGAGAAGCACCUCAAGCAACUCAGAAAGAUGGUGACUGCCAGUCCUACGUGCGCGCAUAUGGGACCGUACAAGAACGCACUGAUCAAGAUUUUGGAUCAUAUCGAAAACACUGCACCCACUGCAUGA